UGAGGAGCCGCCAGGAGCCGUCAGGAGCCGUCGGUAGCCGAGGAGGGAAUGGGGCCGACUGUGACCAUGAGGAGAAAACUCUGGCCCUUUAGGACCUUGGCCCUGAUGUGAGAUUCGAGGAGUCCAUCCACUCUAAUUAAUGUCAUCUGUUUUGAGGAGGCAGCCUGAAGCUGCGCCUCCAGAUCUGGGACGUCCGAUGGAGGCGUGUCCUCGCUCUACCCAGUGCCGCUGACACUGAAGCGCGUGCAGUGAACAUGCCUUCUAAGGUCUCCUGCCUCUACCUCCUCACAGUGGUUUGCUGGGCCAGCGCUCUAUGGUACCUGAGUGUGUCCCGAUCCUCCAGCUCCUAUGUGGGACAGGUGACCAUUCCUGUCCGCAAGACGCCCAAAGUCAACAAGAACAACACCUUCUCCAACAUCAGGACUCGCUCUCUUAACCCCCACGACUUUGGAUACCUCAUCAACGAGGAGAAGAAGUGUGACAAUGACACGCCUUUCCUGAUCAUCCUCAUCAGCACCACCCACAAAGAGUUUGACGCUCGUCAGGCCAUCAGGGAGACCUGGGGGGACGAGAGCGCCAUGACUGAUGUCCGAGUGGUCACUCUGUUCUUACUGGGCCGCAGUACAGACACUGUCCUCAACCAGAUGGUGGAGCAGGAGAGUCAGAUCUUCCACGACAUUGUGGUAGAGGACUUCAUCGACUCGUACCACAACCUGACUCUAAAGACGCUGAUGGGGAUGCGCUGGGUGGCCACCUUCUGCUCCAAGGCUCAGUACGUCCUAAAAACAGACAGCGACAUCUUCGUGAACAUGGAGAACCUGAUCUACAGCCUCCUGAAGCCGACCACCAAGCCCAGGAGGAGGUACUUCACGGGCUACGUCAUUAACGGUGGCCCGAUCAGAGACAUGCGCAGUAAGUGGUACAUGCCCCGGGACCUGUACCCCGAGAGCAAAUACCCCCCGUUCUGCUCAGGCACAGGAUACGUGUUUUCUGCAGACGUGGCCGAGCUCAUCUACAAGACGUCGCUCCACACCAGACUGCUGCACCUGGAGGACGUGUACGUGGGAGUGUGUCUGCGCAAACUGGGAAUACACCCUUUUCAGAACAGCGGCUUUAACCACUGGAAGAUGGCCUACAGCCUCUGCCGCUACCGCAGAGUGGUCACCGUCCAUCAGAUCUCGCCUGAAGAGAUGCAUCGAAUCUGGAACGACAUGACCAGCAAGAAGCACCUCAAAUGUUAGCAGCAGUGGACAGUACCCCAG